ACAAGCGGCAUUUCAUUGAAUGGGGCCAUCUCCAUGGUCGCUGUGCCCUCUUUAUCUCAUAUGACGCUAAAGGUAAAUAGACGGAAAGUCUGUUCAUCCGGAGUGGCAAAGAAGCCCACACUUGAGGCGCGGCUGGACCUUCGAAGGUUACCAUUACUCCUGAGAACAGUGUCAGAACAGCAAGAGGCUCUGGGUGGCCCCCCGUAGAUCUUUGGCCAGUCACAGUCACAGUCGAUCGACAUCCCUCCUACUCUCCGUCACCGACGGCAGUUGACCAUGCCGAGCGGCGA